AUGGAUGAAGAACUUUAUAAUGGUUUUUAUCCAAACCGGCAGAUUUAUUACUCGACGGCAUAUCCAUACAGAAGUCCGUUCGCUUUGAAUCGACCGUAUUUGGAGGAUGAUUACACCGACUACUAUCGAGAUUAUCUAACGAAGACAAAUAGUAAUUUUGCGAUCAGGGACUAUGAACGAAAAAUUAGAGUCUUCGAUUCUUCUAUCUAUUAUAUUCGUGUUCUUUCCUAUGCUCAAAUUUUCCUAGCCGGUAUUCUCCUGGUGACUGAUGUCUCAAAGAAUGUACUUCUCUGGAAUUACAUUCAAAUGAACGGCGUCAAAAUUGAAAUGCUCGCUCACGUCAUCUUCCCAAUUUUUGCUCUCAUCGUCGGUUUCAUCUGUCUGACUGCUAUUCUGAAUCCCUCGAAACCGUUGUCAAAAUGCGUUGCCAUUCUACUAUUAGUAAUUAUUGUGCCAAAUUUCAUUUUUCCAAGAUAUUCCGUUUUUAUGACAACAGCAAUAGAAUCAGUGGAAAUAAGUCAAGUAAUGGAUCGAAGUCUUUUCGGAAGAGAUGCCGAUAUGAUUAAAUCAGAAACACAUAAUCGAAUGUCGAAGAUUCUGAUGCUUUCAACGAAUCACUGGCCUCUGGGAGUGUCUGAUUUGACGAGUCUUCCAACUGAUUUCGUGCUCAUGAUGCAGUAUUUGCUAAUUGCUUAUUCCGUUUUCUCAUUGUCUCUUUUCAUUUUUUAUGUCAUUACUUUGUUUUGUUUUGUUCGUUUAUUAUCAGUUCAAUGA